UCUGACAAUUGAAAAGCCAUUUUCUUCGUGGCCAGCUUUCAUACGACUCUUUCUGCACAAGAAAAAGAAAAGUUUUACUCGUUCUCAAGGAUUGUCUUGGUCAACCUUCUAGUUCUCGCGUUGAUUUCUUUAUAAGGUUGUGUUUUUAUUGGUGCUCCCUUUUGCUGGAUCUGGUUUUAUACCAAACCCAAGUGAAGGAAUUUCCCUGUAGAUUUGGGUGCACUAUUGAUAAUUGUUUUUUUUAGGGUGUUAGGUAUUUAAUUCGAAUGAUUCAGUUCAUCGAAGCUGAAAUUGCUUGAUUUAGGGGUGGUUUUGUUUCAAUUGCAUUCGAUGAUUUGACGUUUCAUUGGAGGGAAAAUUCUGGGUUUAGAUCAAAGGAGUGAGUUUGGCACAAGGAUUUGAGUUUUUGCCAGAAAUUUGAAGUGGGUUCUUUAAGUAUAUUGAGGGAAGGUCUACGAUGGGGACAUUGAAAGGGCUUUCUUGGGAAAACUUGAAUUGGUGUGUUUUGGGUUGAUGAAUGAUUUUAUUGGUGGAGAUUUGAUACGUUCUACAACACUAAGGUUUUGGUUUUUGGUUUCAAUUCUGGGGGGUUUUGGAUUCAUGACAUGAAAAGUCAUUGUAUGGUUUUGGAAUGCUGACUCAACAACAAAUGGCUGUGAGCAGAGUGGUUUGUUUCAUUGCAUUUGCUUUUCUGCUUUUCACUUUCACAGCGGUGGGUUUGGAAAGCAACAAAAAGACUCAUGAACUACCAGUGGGAAUUCUAAAUGAUUUGUGGAGGACAAAUGAGGACAUGGCUGAGCUAUUAUGGGUAAAUUGUGGGCUAGAGUUGAUUCGUGCAAUGGAUGCUGUUGAAGAUCUUGAAUUAUAUGUUCCAGAAUGUAAGUCCAGUGGCAGCAAUGAAAUCAUCUUGAAAAGUAGGGCAUCUGCAAAAGAAAACAUACAGAAGGCUAUAAGUGUCUUGCAUCCCCAGGUUAAGCAAACGCUUCUGGACUGUCUGAGGAAGAAAAAUCUUAUGUUCCUUAUCUCUGGAGAAGAGAUAGGCUCUAAAUAUUGGUACACCAAGUAUCUGGAGUCUUGGUUUACCGGAUCUGUUGCUUCUAAAAGGCGGGCAUUGCUUCAGAGCUUUGCAGAAGCACCUGCCCCCUCGCCUGCAGCUGCAUCACCUGUUUCUAGUCCAGCACCAUCCGUUGACCCGGGACCUUCAAGUUCUGAACUUCCGAAUUCUCAACGCCCAUCUGAUCCUCCACCAUUUUUUCCACCUGCUUUUAAUGAUUCAAACUUGCAACCUGCAGCUGGUACAAGCUCAAAUUCUGCUUCAAAUGAUCAGUCCAAUAAGCAAAAGAGCAGCCGCAGAACAGUUGUUGUUGCUGUUGUUGUAACUGCUGUAGUGACAAUUCUUUUUGCUGCGCUGCUCUUUUUAUGUUAUCGUAAGGUGUGUAGGGCUGGCUCUGGAGACCGGCAAAAUGAUCAGAGGCCUCUUCUCAGCUUAAGCGAAUAUUCUAUUGGUUCUUCACUGAAGUCAUUUGCAGUUGGAAAUUCAACCAAGAUAGAGAAUUCUAGUAAUCAGUUCUAUACCAACUCCAACCAUAAAAAAAUGCCUUCAUCUCUGGAUGACAAUUUUUUCAUGGAGUCAAAUAUUCUCAAUAGCUCCAAAGUUGAAACCCCAUUAGGUACUGUUGCUGGUGCUGCCAUAGCAGAAAAUUCUGUGCAGAUGCCACCUUCUCUACUGAAGGCCCCUCCUGGAAGGUUGGGCACAUCUGAACUGCCACCUCUGAAGCCUUCUCCUGGAAGGGCAGAUCCUGCUGGACCUUCCACUCCUGGCAAGGCAGCUCCUCCUCCUCCUAGACCACCACCACCACCAUCACUGAAACCUUCUUCUGGUGCCCCACGUCCUCCUCCUCCUCCAGGACCACCUCCUCCUCCACCUAUACCUUUUGGCAUCAAGACUGGUCCUCGCCCACCGCCACCUCCAAGUAGUUCUCUCCCACCACCUCGGCCCUCUGCCAUGGGCUUGAAACCACCACGAGCUUCACCUCUUGGAUCGAAGCAUUCAUCAACUGCUGCUUCCGCUGAAGGGGUCGAGGCCGAUGCUCCUAAAACCAAGCUAAAGCCGUUCUUCUGGGAUAAGGUGCUGGCCAAUCCUGAUCAUUCAAUGGUUUGGCAUCAGAUUAAAUCGGGGUCCUUCCAGUUCAAUGAAGAGAUGAUAGAAACUCUAUUUGGCUAUGCCCCUGCUGAGGGAAACAAGAAUGAGCCCAGAAAGGAGUCUUCAUCCAAAGGUCCUUCAACACAAUAUGUUCAAAUAAUUGAUCCGAAAAAGUCACAGAAUUUAUCGAUUCUUCUAAAAGCAUUGAACGUGACCACAGAAGAAGUUUGUGAUGCACUUCUAGAAGGAAAUGAACUUCCAUCAGAAUUCCUUCAGACUUUAUUGAGGAUGGCACCAACAGCAGAAGAAGAACUGAAGCUGAGGCUUUAUAGUGGUGAACUUUCUCGACUUGGUCCGGCAGAUCGGUUCCUAAAAGUCUUGGUUGACAUCCCGUUUGCCUUUAAAAGGCUAGAAUUAUUGCUUUUUAUGUGCACUCUGCAGGAGGAAGCAUCAAUUGCUAAAGAGUCCUUUGCUACCUUAGAGGUAAGACAUUGGUGGUAGCUCUUGCACCGUCCCCACCCCUUGAUCAAAUAUCUUCCCUCAGUUCUUUUUGCUUGUCACAAGUAUGUGCAAUUAGAUAGGUCUUUACUGCGUCCCAUGUUCUGUUUCUUGCUCUCACUUCUUCUGACCUAUUGAAGAAAGAGGAAGAAUAUCCACUUUGUCAUAUUGGAGGGAGGAAAAAAAUAGUAUACAAGAGAGAUUUAGCUGCUGCUGCUGUUUCUGAAUAUUUCUAAUUAUAUCCCAUUGUGGGGACUGGGGUUUUUUCCCCGCGAGAGUGAAGUGAAAGAUAACAAAAUAGAUGAGGCCAAAGGUAAGGGAUUGUUAUUUCUGAGCAGUGGGUAUUACAGAGAUUCAAACCAAACAUUUUUUGACGGUCAACUAAGAGUUGACAAAAUUCUAACCUGGAUCCAUUGUUUAGUUGUUCUUGACGUUUUAUACUUUUGUUGUUUUGCUUUUCAAUAAACACCUGGAUGUAAAGUUGGCAUAUAUAUAGAUAAGACAAGAAAAGUACUUGUACAUUCACAGACGCUCCAAUUCAGUUAUACUUGAUCAGUGUUACUUUAAUGCUCUCGCAUUCGCUCUGGCAGCUGCCCUGCCCCCUAUCUGUGACCUAAAACACACAUCUACUCAUGUUGGUCCAUCAAUUCUGCCUACCUAUUUGGACAUUUAUGCAUGAUAGUCUCUUGUUUUCAUCUCGUCUCCAUUUUAACUGCAGGCUGCUUGCACGGAACUCAGAAAAAGCCGAUUGUUUCUCAAACUCCUGGAGGCUGUUCUCAAAAUGGGUAAUCGCAUGAAUGAUGGAACCUUUCGCGGUGGUGCACAAGCAUUCAAACUCGACACACUUUUGAAAUUAGCUGAUGUAAAAGGAACAGAUGGAAAAACUACACUCUUGCACUUUGUUGUUCAAGAGAUAAUCCGAUCAGAAGGUGUACGAGCUGCCCGUGCAGCCAGAGAAAGCCGGAGCAUGUCCAGCAUCAAAUCUGAUGAUCUCCUUGAGGAUUCUUCGCAUGAUUCAGAAGAGCACCAUCGCAGCAUUGGUCUUCAGGUUGUCUCAAGUUUGGGUGCUGAGCUUCAGAACGUCAAGAAAGCUGCAGUUUUGGAUGCUGAUAGCUUAACGAGCAUGGUUACCAAACUCGGUCAUGCACUCAUAAAAGCCCGAGAAUUUCUGAACUCGGAUAUGAAGAGUAUAGACGAAGAAAAUGGAUUCCACCAAGCUCUGAAGAGCUUUGUGCAGAAUGCUGAAGUUGACACUAUGUGGUUGUUUGAGGAACAAAAGAGAAUAAUGGCUCUGGUCAAGAGCACAUCAGAUUACUUCCAUGGGAGCUCUGGCAAGGAUGAGGGCUUGCGGUUAUUCGUAAUUGUUAGGGAUUUCCUUAUAAUUUUAGAUAAGGUUUGCAGAGAGGUGAAAGAUGCAAGAAGGAAGCCAAAUAGGAUGGUGAGAAAAGAGGAACCGAUGGUGACACCCUUAGAACCUCGCCAUUCUCCUUCUCCAGAUCCUCGUCAGCAUCUUUUUCCGGUUAUCAUUGAGAGAAGGAUGGAUAGUUCUAGUUCUGAUGAUGACACUCCAUAGAUCUGUUUUGGUACAGGUAUACAAAAUUCUUUGACUUGGGUACCAACAUUUCCCCCUUCUCCCCUGUGAACCUUUUCCUUUCCUUGAUUUGAAACAACAUUGUAUCUGCAAUCUGUGACACCCAUGAAUAUCUGGCAUAUACACAGUUAGUUCAGAGUUCUAGUACACCUGGCUGAAGCCGACAAUGCAGUGUUCACCAACAGUUCUAACCAUGUUGUUGUGUGGAGGAUCGUAGCAGGAUUUAAUUCGUGGAUCUGCAAUGAUUUUUGGUUCAUGGAGGUCCAGUUGUUGGUAAAUAGUUAGAAUUUUUUAGCUGUUAGUUUAUAAUUCUUUUACCAAUUUUGAUUUAGAAUUUUUUCAUAAAUUUGGAACUUAAAGUAAGUAGCCA